UGUCAGUGGAAAGAAGGGAAAGAGCCACUAAAUUUAGGGCUGAUGUAUAUUUUUUUUUCAAUUAUUAUUUUCCAAGAAGAGGACCUGCUGCCGCACUCGAUUGGAUUCAGCGUCCGCUCCCCUCCUCCGAGAAGGGCUGUUUGCGCCGGCUCUUGAUUUGGUGCAGCCCCCUUGUCGAUAUAGUUAGCAGCCCUGGUCUCUCUUCCCCCCGUUAAUGGCUCUUUCUUCGUAGCUGCUGCGCGAUCUUGUCUUGAUUCUGGGAUCUACCGCCGGUGGAGCGAGCCGUCGUCGUCUCGGAGAGAUGGAGCGGCAGAGCUUGAAUCGGGUGAUGAGCUUGGGGAUAUCGGACUUGGCGCUGGAGUGCGUGAUGGGGUACAUCGACGACCCCCGCGACCGGGAGGCUGUCUCCCUGGUGUGCAGGAAGUGGUACCGCAUCGACGCCAUCACCCGGAAGCACAUCACCAUCGCCAUAUGCUACUCCGCCAGCCCCGACCGGCUCCGGCGGCGCUUCCCCCGCCUCGAGUCCCUCAAGCUCAAGGGCAAGCCCCGGGCGGCCAUGUUCAACCUCAUACCCGAGGACUGGGGCGGCUACGCCGGCCCCUGGGUCUGCGAGAUCGCCGACGCCUUCAACUGCCUCAAGGCCGUCCACUUCCGCCGGAUGAUCGUCCAAGACGCCGAUAUCGGUGUCCUCGUCAAGGCUAGGGGCCACAUGCUCCAGGCGCUCAAGCUCGACAAGUGCUCGGGGUUCUCCACCGAUGGCCUCUUGCUUGUGGCCCGCUCUUGCAGAUGCCUUAGAACUUUAUUUUUGGAAGAAAGCUCUGUUACCGAGAAUGAUGGUGAAUGGCUUCAUGAGCUUGCUGUCAAUAAUUCUGUUCUUGAGACUUUGAAUUUCUAUAUGACAGAACUUAGAAUCUCGCCACAAGAACUCGAGCUACUAGCCAGGAACUGCCGGUCUUUGAUUUCCUUGAAGAUCAGUGAGUGUGAUGUUUCUGAUCUAGUUGGCUUUUUCCGCACAGCAACAGCACUUGAAGAGUUCGGUGGGGGCUCAUUUAAUGAUCAAGCAGGAGAAAUCAACAGGUAUGAGAGGGUUUGCUUUCCUCCCAGGCUAUGCUGCUUGGGUCUCAGUUAUAUGGGGAUGAAUGAAAUGCACAUAAUAUUUCCAUUUGCUGCUUCAUUAAAGAAGCUAGACCUGCAGUAUACUUUCCUCAGCACUGAAGAUCAUUGUCAGCUGAUUCAACGGUGCCCCAAUCUAGAAAUUCUUGAGGUGAGAAAUGUUAUUGGAGACCGAGGAUUAGAAGUUGUUGCUCAGACAUGUAAGAAACUUCGAAGGCUCAGAAUAGAGCGAGGGGAUGAUGAACAAGGCCCAGAGGAUGAACAGGGUAGAGUUUCACAGAUAGGGCUGUCGAGUCUAGCUCGGGGCUGUCCUGAACUGGAAUAUAUCGCAGUAUAUGUAUCUGAUAUCACUAAUGCAGCUCUGGAAUCUGUUGGCACUUUCAGCAAAAACCUCUGUGAUUUUCGUCUCGUCUUGCUUGAUAGAGAAGAGAUGAUAACAGAGUUACCCCUCGACAAUGGGGUUCAUGCUUUGUUGAGAGGUUGCACCAAGCUUAGAAGGUUUGCUUUUUAUCUGAGACCUGGAGGUCUUUCAGAUGUGGGACUUGGUUAUAUUGGUGAGAACAGUAAUAAUAUCCGGUGGAUGCUUCUGGGUAAUGUUGGUGAAUCUGAUCUUGGACUUCUGCAAUUGGCAAGAGGUUGCCCAAGCCUACAGAAGCUAGAGUUGAGGAGCUGUUGCUUUAGUGAGCGUGCUUUGGCCCUUGCAGUAAUGCAACUUCCUUCAUUGAGAUACUUAUGGGUGCAGGGAUACAAGGCAUCACCAACUGGCAAGGACCUUUUGGCCAUGGCCCGCCCCUUCUGGAACAUAGAAUUCAUCCCUCCUAGACAAGAUAUUGGUGAUCAUGAAUUUGAAGAUAGACGGGGUGGUGUAGAGAGUCAGGCUCAGAUACUUGCAUACUACUCCCUUGCUGGAAGGAGGACAGAUUGCCCAGAAACUGUGAUUCCUUUGUAUCCACCAGCAUGAGUGUACAGAUGUAGGCCUUUGCACUCUUUUGUUUUGUUUUGUGUUUUUUUUCCUUUUUUGUCUUGUUCUUUUUUCUAUUUCCUUUUCGCUGCACUACUUUUUCUAAUGUAGGUGCCAAAAUAUCUGGGUGAUGACCAUGUCUAUAUAUCUUGUUUGCAUCAUUUCAAAAAUAUGAGCAGUGAGUUCUGUAUAAUCUGUCAACCACUCUGUAAUCAAAGCACUUUAUUGACAGCCACAGUGCUGGCUUGGGCAUAUGCUCUGAACUUUUUAUGUAAAGUGUUAAUUUUGUUGUUGUAGCUUCUGGGAUUUAUGUGUAGAACAUUUGAU